AUGGAAGGCGGAGAUUUUGUCCGGUACUACAGCGAUCCGCGGCCGAAAAAAUCCGGCAAAUUGGGCGGAAUCGGCGGAAUGGGCGGAAUAGGCGGAAUGCGCAUGUCGAAUCUGGGGAAAGCGCUAGGGUUGCGCGAGUCGGCGCGGGAAAAAGCAGAUGCGGGGAGCGAAGGGGGAAGCAGCGGUUCAAGUCACGCGCGACCAGCUGCGCCUUCCGCUCCCCCCGCACACUUGCGCCCUCACCGCGGUUAUCUCAAGCAGAUGUCCGUGCCUGCAGGGAAACCCACUACUGAUGCAGCCGCCGCAGCCGCCGUAGCUGCCGCAGCCGCAGCGCGCGGAGCAGAGGGGAGGAGCGGGGGAGCGGGCGGGGGAAAGGGUGGCGGAACGGGGGGAGACAAAUUGCGGUGGGGGGAGUGGAUGGGGCGUCCGCAGCAUCAAGAGGGGAGAGGGGGAAGCAGGGGCGCGGGGGGAAUGGGCGGGGAUAACGUGGGAGGGGCGAGCAUGCGUGUGGGAUGGUUGGACGCAUCUGGACGGUCGGAUUUCGCGAUAAUUGUGACGAGGACAAGUGGCGCGAUCUGGUUGGAGGAGAUGCACAGGCGGAGGGUGCAUCAUGCGCUGUGCGGUUUUGGGCGGGAAAGGAAGAGCCUUGAGGCGUUUGCAAUGGCACAGCAGCGGAAAGAGGAAGGGGAAGGUAUAGCGGGGAAGGAAAACCAAGGGGAGACUGGGGCAGAGGGUGGAACGGAGGGUGGAGCAGAGGGGGAAGACAAGGGAUUCGAGGGAAAAAAGGAGAUUCAGAAAGGACCGGCGAGUUCUACUCGUGCUGCAGCUGCUGCAUUAGCUAUUCCGCCUAAGCUAGUUCCUGGUGCGUUAAAGCGUGCUCCGUUAACCAGGAAGGUCAAACGGGGACUGGAAGGCGUGGGGGAUGGGGCAGUGUACAGUGGGGUUACUGUAGAAGGUGUGCUUAUAGGGGGGGUUAUGCAAGCGGGUAAUGCUGCCAGUGGUGGUGGUGGGGGUAGAACUGAUUCGGACGCGGAUUUGGGGAAAGAGGCUGGGGAGAACAGGGAUGGCGGUAGGGGGGACGAGAAUGGGGGGGUUGGCGGAGAGAGGGGAGAGGGGGGCGGAAGUAGAGAAGGGGGAGGUGGGGGCAGUGGGGAAGAGGAAGGGGAUCGGGAGGAAAGGGGGUCGGGUUUUGCUCUAGAGGAGCAAGGAGAAGACGAGGAGGAGGAGGAGGAGGAAGAAGAAGAGAGCUUAAGAGGAGAUGAGGAAGCGGACGAGGACGAAGAGGGAGGAGCGUUGACGAGACGGUCAGCCAGCAGUGGCAGCGCUAUUAUCAGAAGGAGAAGGUUACAGGAAGAAGCGAGGGGGAGAGGAGGGAGAGGGGAAGCAGCAGCCGCAGCAAGAGCAGCAGGAAGAGGACCGGUGGGAGGAGCACGGGUGCAGCGGGGAAGCAGCGGGGGAGGAGCAGCAGUGCACGUGCCGCACUGGAGGAGAGCGAGCGGGGGAGGGGACGGGGAGAGAUGGCAGACAGCACGUUACGAACCGAGCCCAACCGUUUCAAUCGACUGUACCAUGUCAUCCACUGCCUCUUCGCCCCUAGACCCUGCUCUCAUGCAAUCCCCGUACUACCCACACCAUAUCCUGCCGCACAACCUGCCGCCCCUGCAUGUCCAGAAUCGGCAGCACCGGAGGCAGCUGUCGAAUCAGUCGUUCCCUGUGGGGCUGCAGCCGCAGGGCCCUCGCUCGCCUCUCUUCUCCAUGCCUCGAGAUGCCGGCCUUCCUCCUGCUCCUGCUCCCGCUGUUUAUGCUGCUGCUGGUGGAGCGGGUUCGGGUGGUGUGGAGGUUCUAUCUGUUGUGCAACACGGGGAUGGAGAAGCAGCAGGAGCUGCAGCGGCAGAGCUGGCAGACUUAGAGGAGGGUGUGGAGCAGAGCGAGGAGAAGGACGAGGAGAAGGACGAGGAGCAGAGCGCAGAGCAGAGUGCAGAGCAGAGCAUACAGCAAAGCUCAAGCGUGGGCCGGAGGAGAGUGAUGGCCCGUUUCCCUCGGGCUAUGUCCACUCCUGCUGGAAUAGGCAGGUCGCCUUUAGGGGGGAGCAGCCCUCUGUCUGAUGUGGAUGAUGGAGAGGAUGAGGGUGGGAAGCGUGGGGAGGAGGAGAGUGAGGAGGAGAGUGAGGAGGGAAGUGGAGAAGGGGAGAGGGAGGGGAGUGAGGGGAGUGAGGAGGGGAGUGGGGAGGCGAGUGAGGGGGGAGGAGGGGGGAGUCCGCACAUGAGUUAUGGCGAGAUGGGUGGUCUGCACGAAACCAUCACUGAAUGUACUGAGCCUUCUGAAUCCAGCCACAACCACCACAGCGAAUCCUCAUCCCCUUUACAACACGACCCAGUAUCGUCACCACGUGCCGGAACAGCCGCCGCAAUCGCAGCCGCUGCCGAAGCAGCGAACCCGAGCCUGCCGCCGACCCUGGCCUCCCUGGGGAAGAAAGCCGAAGCAACGCUGUCGACCCGAACCUACCGAGACAAGGACGGGAUUGAGUGGCACAAGCGCGGGCCUCUUACCGAAGCUGCUGCUGUGGAGUUUGAUACCGAGCCUAUGGACAUGCCUGCUGUGGUGGAUCGGUAUGGGUUUGUGGCGGAGGAAGGGGAGGGAAGGGAGGGGUCUGGGGGGGUAGAGGAGGUGAGAGGGGUGGCAGGGGUGCAUCCUCCGCAGGCAAGCUUGUUGGAGAAGGAGGAACGGCUUUUGUUCAUCAAGGAGGAGAGGGAGAUGCGCAGGUGGCGCGCUAUGAUUGGUCUAGGGCCCAUGGACUGGAACCUCUACCAGAGGAAGCACCCCCGGGAGGUCAAGAAGCGGAUAAGACAAGGCGUGCCAGACUGCCUGCGCGGGAUUGUGUGGCAGCUUUUGUCUGGUAGCCGGGAGUUCCUGCUGAUGAAUGAAGGCGCGUAUGAGCACAUGCUGCUGUACGAGCUAUUCAACAACGAGAUGGACAUCAUUCGAGACAUCAACCGCACCUUCCUCUUCCCCCUCCUCUUGCUCCCCUUUUAUCCCCGUUAUUGGCAGCACAUGUUACUGUACGAGCUGUCCAACAACGAGAUGGACAUUAUCCGAGACAUCAACCGCACCUUCCCCACGCACGUCUACUUCAUGCAAAAGCACGGCCCGGGGCAGCGGGCACUGUUCAACGUGCUCAAAGCAUACUCGGUCUAUGACAAGAAGAUUGGAUAUGUGCAGGUGGGUCUUCAUAGCGGGUCAGGUCUCAUGCUGCUCUACCUGCCAGAGGAGGACGCCUUCAGGCUGCUCGUGCUGGGUGUGACGCUCAUCUCCUUCCCUCUCCCCAUGCAUGUUCCACUCCACACCAUCUCCCACCAGGGCAUGGGCUUCAUAGCGGGGCUCAUGCUGCUCUACAUGGCGGAGGAGGGCGCCUUAUGGCUGCUCGUGGCGCUCAUGCGUUGUGCACUGCUUCCCAUGUGUGCGUCCCAAGGGCAUGGGUUUUAUUGCUGGUCUCAUGCUGCUGGCAUGGGUUUUAUAGCGGGGUUGAUGCUGCUGUACAUGGCGGAGGAGGACGCCUUCUGGCUGCUCGUGCCGUCGGGCCUCAUGCUCCUAUACAUGGCGGAGGAGGACGCCUUCUGGCUGCUCGUUGCGCUCAUGAAGGGCGCCAACCACACGUCACUCGAAGGAAUCUUCCUCGUGGGUCUGCCUCUAGUGCAACAAUAUCUCUUUCAGUUCGACCGCCUCUUACACGAGUGCAUGCCGCAGCUGGCGCGACACAUGGAGGGGGAGGGGGUGACCCCGUCCAUGUACGCCUCUCAGUGGUUCAUAACCGUCUUCGCCUACAGCUUUCCGUUUGCAACUACUCUCAGAAUAUGGGACGUCUUUCUGUUUGAGGGCAUGAAGACAGUGUUCCGGGUGGGGCUGGCGCUACUGAAGCAGCAGCAGGACGACCUGCUGCAGAUGCCUUUUGAGGACCUCGUGCCGGCUCUGCGGACAUACCCGGAUCGCAUCCUGGAGCCAGACACGCUGCUCAACGUUGCAUUCUCCUUCAACGUCUCAGAGCGGCUGAGGGAGUUAGAGGCAGAGUACAAUGCGAUGCAGCACCCACCGCCCAUCACAGGGCCCAAGGCUCAUGGGGAGGCGGAGGAGGGGGAGAGGCACGAGGGGGCGGGAGGGGAGGGCCACCAGCGGAAAGGUAUGGGUGGGGGAACGAGAGGGGGGGAGGGGAAAGGCGGUUUCCUGGCUCCCGGUUCCAAAUCCGCCAUAGAAUCAAAUCUGCAUUUUCCCGCCCACCAAUAA